UUGUUAAAUAUCUGCUUACGCCCACAAGAUACAAAAGUUGGUUAAGGAUCAUCAACGUUACAUAUAUACAAAGUAGCUAGCUAGCUACGCAUUAUUGAGUACGUACUGCAGAUCAGAUCCCCUCAGCUCACAAUCGUCAAACUCUCCGAAAUGGGUAGAGCACCUUGUUGUGAGAAGGAAGGAUUGAAUAGAGGAAGGUGGACCAAAGAAGAAGAUGAGAGGCUCAUCAACUAUAUCCAUCAAAAUGGAGAAGGCUCUUGGAGAUCACUUCCCAAGAAUGCUGGUUUACAGAGGUGUGGGAAGAGUUGCAGAUUGAGAUGGAUCAAUUAUCUGAGAUCAGAUUUGAAGAGGGGAAACUUCACUGCUGAUGAAGAAGAGACCAUAGUGAAAUUACAUACAUCUUUGGGCAAUAGGUGGUCAUUGAUAGCAAGUCAAUUGCCGGGACGAACAGAUAACGAAAUCAAGAAUUACUGGAACUCUCAUCUCAGCCGCAAAAUUUACAGUUUCCGGUUGAGCAUCAACGCCCCCAUGGCGGUGCAAGUGGCGGAGGACGCGGCGGCUGCACGGCGGAGAAGAGGAGGGCGUGUAAGCCGAUCCGUCGCCAAAAAGUACAACACCGCAUCCUUCCACGUCGCAACCGCGUCUUUUAGAAAUAAACACAAGCCCCCCGGCAGUCAAGGAUCCAGUUCGGCGGUCCACAACAGCGACGGCGGGACCGCCAUUAAUGCCUCGGAGGGCUCCGGAAAGGACGGGAAAGCGUUCGCCCCCAAAGGACGCGCUGAAAACGAUGUCUUCUCGCCUGAGCCGUGCGACAAUCGACAACUUGACUGCCAGGUGUUCGAUGAAAUGACCCGUGAAGAAGAUGCGAGUGGGGCUUUAUUAGCAAUAAAUGGUGGGAGGGGGAGGGGGCACCCUUCGGAAAGUGGUCCUGAGCCGGAGAGUGAAGGCUACAGCGACGGCCAGACUGCAGCAACCACGACCCUGGGAAUGUACACUUACCAGUUGCCGGCUCCCGGCGACUCCAUCUUCGACGACGACGAUUGGGUGAACUGGAGUUUGGGUGAUGAUGCGUUUCAAGGAUAUGAUGAGUUCUGGGAUGGCUUAGAUGACAUGUUCGCGUGGCCCUGGGAUGAUAAUACUAAUACUAAUACAGCUAAUGGUUCAUGAAAUACUACUAGCAACCUGCAUGGGAAGAUGAUUGUGUUUGGUAAUUGUAUGUUAGUUAAGCCAUAAUUGUGUUUUAGACCCAUAAUUACUUAAGUUUAACUAUAAAUAUCCUUCUA